AUGCUCCCCGGUCUCUAUGCUACACUUCCUCAAACGGGAAUCGCCGUUCACGAUCAAACCAUGGACUUUUCUGACGCCAGAUUUUCAAAGAAGCGCGAGAGUCGGACACGCGCACCAACGGCCUGUCAGACAUGCCGUCUGCGCAAGACCCGGUGCGACAAUACUCGGCCCACCUGUAGCUACUGUGCUGUGCAGGGGGUAGAGUGCAUCUACCCUGAGACGUCGCCGCGCCCUAACCCAUCUGGGUUCGAUCCCGCCAACCAAGAGAUCCUGCAACAACUAGGCCGCAUCUAUUCGUUAUUGGAAGAUCUCAAACACGAUAGGUCAUCGACUAUGUCGUCGGCUCGCUCGCUCAGAGAAUCUUUCUUCGAAUUGACGACGCAAAAUCCUAGUCCGUCGACUGAUAUGGGGUUUAUGGGAAGCAAUCCUCCCCGUGGUAGUAGUACCAGUGGCGAGGAUCGUGCGUGCGAACAUGAUCCUUUUUUGAUAUACGCUGCCAGUUCCCCAGAGCUGAUGCUCCGUUGGCCGAUCUAUAAUCAAAUUAUCACAGAGGCAGAGAAACAGAUUCGAUCGUUUUUACUUGAUUCUUUGGAUGAUCACCCCGGAGCAGGCAUGGCUCCACCUCAGCAAGCAGGCAUUGGCCCACUUGUGGAUGAUAUUCAACCAUUAUGCCGGAAAUACCACCGUUUGGUACACCGGAGAAACCCCGUAGUCGAUAUAGACAAGCUCGAGCGCUACGCGCGCGAAGUUACCUUACAAGGACUAGGGUGGGACGGCCCAUCGUGUCAAGUGCUUCUUGCAUGCGCUUUGGCCUGCUGCACAUCCACUUUUUUACCUCUAGGGGAGAUCCCCGAGGAUUUAGACCGAAUUCCAGCUCCACCUUCUUCCGACGCCAAUAUCGAGCUUGCUGAGGCUUACUUUCAUGCGGCCAAGCAACGGUUUGGAUCAUUGCAUACGUCUCCGACUGAUAUACAAUGCUAUCUUCUUGCUGGAUUCUAUCACAGACAUGCCAUGCGCCCUUUACAAGCAUGGUUCUGUUUUCAACAAGCAUCGUGCAGACUAGAGGUCCGGCUGCGCUCCCUAUGCAGAGAGCAAUGGACUGCUAAUGCUGAUUACCAUAAUCUGGAGUCUCGGCUAUAUUGGUCUUGUAUCCAGGCAGAGCAUGAAAUGCAAGGUGAACUGCCUUUGUGGAGCUCUAGUCUUGAAAGCCUGGGUUAUUCAGACCCGUUCCCAAUGUGUCCGAGGACCAAUUCGUCUUCGCCGGGGCAGAUGGAAACUGAUAAUGCUACCAGCAUUCAGGCGCCGUCUGGGAUUAGUGGCACCGAUGAGGAAAGGGGCUGGAAGUUCUAUAUUGGAUCUAUUUGUAAUCGACGUACAGUUAAUGACAUGCUCAUUGAUAUGUGGCGGAACGGAGAGGAGGGCUGGCUAAACGACGUCAACGGCAUUGUUGAUCGAAUAUCCGAGGCUGCGAAAGUCAUCACAAGUUGGUAUGUCAUGGGGUAUCUUUUAUUUCAUUGCUUGCUACCCAUAUUCCUGUUUUAUUAUCGAACACUCAAUUCACUCCCGUAUCAAAUGAAUUCAUGGAUUCAAACUCAACAAUGCCAAGGUAUUGCCUUCUCGUCGCUAACAGAUCAAAGGUAUCAAAUCUCCCUGGACAGCCUCCCAUCUCUCUCCCCCGCAAACCAAGAUCUCGAGUCCUUCCUACGAGGCCGAUGCCACAUCGCCUUAGAAAGAAUAUACCGUCCAAUAUUCUACCUAGCGAUCCACUACCAAGCCCUCCCAAGCUGGGUGCAUACAUCUCCCCAACUCUCCACAGCAAUAUUCACUCAAGCCCAAACUGCUAUUGACAAUUGCGCCGAGCUAAUCCCAAACUUCUGGUACCACUUUCGGCAUGAAUGGAUCUGGAAUAUCAUGCGGUGUACGUUUGGUGCUGCAAUCCAGAUCUUAGCUUCUGUACUGAGCCAGGUGCUUAUAUCGCGAAACCCGAAUCCGGGUGGUUGGGCUCUUCGUCCACCGGGAAAUUGGACCGCGCUUAUAAGACUUAGUAUUCGAAUUUUGACGUAUUGGGAGAGUGAGUCUGUGGAUUUGGAAAUUAUGAGGACUACUUUGGAGAGGAUGUAUCAAGGUACUUGUCGGUUAGCUGGGGCCAGGCCGGAUCUAUCUUCUGGUUGA